CUCAUUCAUUUCUCUUUUCCUUCUGCUUUUCUUCCUUCUCUCCUUUCCUUUGGAUAGUAUAAAGAAGAAGCAAGCCAUUUUACCCUCUGGCUUUUGGUGUUGUCAGUUCCUUCUUCCUUAUUUCCGCAUUCAUUAAUUCCUCUUUUUUGCUCUCGCCAUAACCACAACAUCACAGUCUGUUGCAUCAAAAGACAAACCUCUGUUUUGCCACUUCUGGCCAACCCAAUUCCUCUUUCGCCCACUCUGUUUUUCCCCCCCUCCUUUCGUUCACUUCAAGGAAACUCCUUUCCCCUCUUUGUUUCCAUCUCUGUUCUUUUCCCCCCACUACAUCAGUGUUUUGCUCUUUUGAUGAUUCUGAGGUAACCUGAGGCUCUGAGGGAGCGCUUCCUCGCCAUCAUUUUGGGUUGCUGUUUGGGUUAUUUAAUGUGCGGAGGGUGGAUGGUGAUGCUGUUGAGAUUUUGAAAGCCAAAGCCAGGCUUUAAAAGAGAAAAGAGAGGGCGUUGGUGCGCUGAUUUUGUUUUUAUUUCGCUUGCUCUUUUUGGGGUGAACAAUGGGUAGUGGCAAGAUGGAAUCUUUUGUCAAGGAGAAGCUGAAGGACCUCUGUUCCAGCAGCAAUGGCUGGUCUUUGGGACUCCUCUGGCGCUUUGAUCACCGCAAUUCCAUGUUGCUAAAAAUGGAGGAUGCCUAUUAUGAAGAGCAAAUGAAGACAGUAGUUAAGGAUUUGCUUCCCCAUGUCCACAUGCUUGGUGAAGGAAUGGUUGGCGAGACAGCUUUUAGUGGGAAGCACAAAUGGAUUUCCUGUGAUGCUGAUGAUAGUGGAUGGAGUGACUCUGAGAUUACCAGAUUGCUGUCUUCUGGAAUAAAGACAGUUUGCAUGAUCCCAUUGGGUUCACAAGGGGUCAUACAGCUUGGAUCCGUGCAUAAGGUUUGUGCAUUUCACAUUGAUGCCAAAAACAAAAACAAAAAAAAUCUUAUCAUGAACUUUUUCAGAUGAUGAAUGAACAAGCAAUGUACUCUUUACUUGUUGCAGAUUUCUGAGAGACAAGAGUUUGUGGAUCAAACCAAGAGAUUGUUUAGUGACAUGGAGAAAGCUGAAUCUUUCGGUCCAAUGACCACCAGCACUGCUUCCUCUUUGACCUACGAUGCUGCUUCUUCUGAUCUCAGUGACUGGUUUGCUUCCUUCUGUGCUGGAACCAUCUCACCCAUCCUUGGUGGAAACUGUGAUGAGCUCGGAGAAUUCGGUUUUACUUCAUCAAACUUCACUCGGUCGCCUGCUCCAACAUCAGAUAUUGAACAAGAAAGGAUUGUUCCUUCACUUAUGGACUCAAACCGUGAGCAUGCUUCACCAGAGUCAACAGGCAAAAUGGAUUGCAUCAGUACAUGGAGCAGUGAAGGUUCCAUUUUGACCUCACUAGAGUCACAAUUGGCUUCAGAGAUCGAGGUCUGUGAUUUUCCAUGGAUGCUUUCAUCUAGUGGAAAUACUCCAAUGUCUCAUGGCAAUUUGCAAGAGAGUGCAACACUUGCUCCAUGUUACAAUACAGGAGUGUUGAUCGAUGUGGACGAGUCAAGUCAAGUAUAUGCUGAAAGAUCUGGGAUUAAGAAUGAGCCUUCGACUGUUAUUAAGCUCGAGGAACAAGGAACCUUAUGUGGGUUUCCUGAAGAGUUUAAGCAGGAUGAUUUCUCCACAGAUUUCUCCAACCUUUUCAUGUUGGAGGACCCAUUUGAGUGGACUCCUUGUUCACAAAGCCAAAGCAUUAAUGUUAUGACUCCACAAGUUGAGGCGAACGUUUCACAAUCGGUAGGAUUUGGUGCACCACCUUCUAGCCUGCUUGAAGAUGUUUGCAGUGAACAACAAAAACCUGCAGUCUCCUAUGCUGCUCAGAGUGAUCUGUUCGUAGUCCUUGGUCUAAAGUUCGCUGAUGGACAAGUUGGUAAAAGGGAUAAUUUGAUGGCACCUUUGGUUAGUGGUAUUCAGCCAGGUACUGGCGCAGAAGUCUCGAAGCUCAACCCAACAUUAAAUGGUAUCUGGAAGCAGAAGGGCUUAUUCUCAGAACUGGGACUUGAAGAGCUUCUAGGUGGCCAUAAGAGUUCAAGCUUUGCUAGUACUAAAUCCAGCAUUAUCGACGAUGGACUAUUGUCACCUAACAAGAGAAGAAAAAUGGAGAAUUCAUCACUCAGUGUUAACCAACUUCACUUAGGGAAUGUCUCCUGUUCAGCUAGCAGCAGCACAAGCAUGCUGUCCGCUAGUGGUAUGGACAAGACAAAGUCGCCAAUGGCACAAUUGAUUGAAGACAGCUUCAGCAGCAUCAACACUAGAGGAGGUAUUCCAGGAAAAGCUAAGAAGCCAGACGAUCCUGCUAAUAAGUCGGGUGCCAAGAAGAGGGCUAGGCCUGGUGAGAGCACUCGGCCAAGGCCAAAAGAUCGACAGCAGAUCCAAGACCGCCUCAAGGAGUUGAGGGGCAUAGUUCCUAAUGCUGAAAAGGAUAGCAUUGACAAUUUGUUGUACAGAACCAUCAAACACAUGCUUUUCUUGCAGAGCGUGGCAAAAUAUGCAGACCAGCUUAAACAAGUUGAUAAGCCAAAGGUAGUAAGUCAUAAUUUAUGUCCAACAUCCCUUGCUUCAGAUAAUUUUAUACAUGGCCAGUUACUGAGACAAUUAAGGUUGAACAAUUUGUACAGAUUUCAGCGCGAGAAGGUGGUUGUGGAGCUACCUGGGCGUUAGAAGUUGGCGAUGAAAAAGUGGUUUGUCCCGUCGUAGUUAAAGAUCUAGUCCCGCCUGGACUAAUGCUUGUAGAGAUUCUGUGCAAGGACCAGGGAUACUUUCUUGAAAUAGCCGAGGCAGUGAGGGGAUUCGGGUUGAACAUACUGAACGGAGUGAUGGAAGCUCAAGAUGAUAAGAUAUGGGCACGAUUCGUGAUCGAGGCGAAUUCGUCCAUGACAAGGGCAGAUGUACUUUGGUCCCUUGUCCCACUUUUACCCCAGAAUGCUAGUAGUGGGAUGGACCAGAAGUUGUCAAGUAAUGUUGCUGUGUCGAGAAGUUACCAGCAACCAGGGGCACUGGUUUGUCCCAUUGGCUUGGCAGAGACAACUCAACGAUAGCAGCAGUACUUCUUCUGGUGUAGUUGUAACACCUUGAGCAAUUCAUGAUUCUGAGGCUGAAUGCUGUGUGGCUGCGGAUUUCAUCUGAUCAUCAUCAGCAUUCAGCAGCAACAACACAAUCUGCACAAGAAAAUUGGAAAUCUGUCUAUAAUCGUCAUCACACAACUUUACCUACCAUAUAAAACAAAAAGAGAAAAUAGGGCACGAUGGAAUGACCAUCUAGAGCUUCUAUUCCAUUGGAGAUUUUUCUUAAAUUUCCAUUUUAAUGGGUAAUAAUGGGAUGCCAAUCACCUCCUUUCUGUAUAUAAAUAGAGCAAUGGUCAGCAUACAAUAAUCGUCACCAGUCACCUUCCUUCCUCCCCUCAUUUGCAUGGAACUAACACCACCUUGGCAGCAAAUUAACACCUUCUUGCCAAGGCACCAAAACCUCAAAUACACUUGUGUUGUUAUCUCAACACACAUAUCCCAACACCAGAAACCAAUAUUUACCUGAUCGGAGAAGAUUAACAUGGAGUGGAGAAUAAAUGUGGGAGAUGGUUCAUCGAAGACAUUGGCCCCAAAGGCAAGUGGUUUUGCCUCAAAACUAUGGGCUGCCCUAAAGGAGUCCUUCAUGGCGUUCUUUAUUAGGGUUAGAGGGUUCUUCCUGAAAGCAUGGAAGAUAGGGGUGGACGACCCUAGGAAAUUCGUCCAUUGUAUUAAAGCAGGAAUGGCUCUCACACUGGUCUCACUCUUUUACUACAUGAGACCUCUGUAUGAUGGUGUUGGUGGCAAUGCCAUGUGGGCUGUCAUGACUGUUGUAGUUGUCUUCGAGAACAGCGUAGGUCAUUACCUCGGAGGAAGGAGCGUCUAAUGCCUCGCUCCUGAAUCCACCUUGUCGCAUAAUCUGCCAUGUAUGCCAGAAGCAGUUCUCGCAAUACACUUGUCCACGGUGCAAUUCACGAUACUGUUCUCUCCAGUGCUACAAGUCACAUAGUGUGCGGUGCACUGAAUCGUUUAUGCGGGAGAACGUAGUUGAGGAGCUGAAGCAUUUGAAACCUGGCGAUGACAGUAGGCGGAAAAUGGUGGAUAUAUUGAAACGUUUUCACUCUGAUGAAGAAGAGAUGCGGUCUAUUGAUGAGGAUGAAGAUUCAUUUCUGUCUGAGCAGACCAUUGAAAAGAUGGUUUCUGGAGGUCAAAUUACUCUCGAUGAUCUCUCUGUCGAAGAGAAGAAACGAUUCGAAAGAGCUUUAGCAUCCGGGGAGCUUAGCAAGUUCUUCAAGCCAUGGGAUCCUUGGUGGUUGAAGCCUUCUGCCAGAGCCAUCUCACUCAGUAAGCAAGGAACUCAACUCGUGCAACCAAUUACUUAUAUGGAUCAUGAACCAUCAUCAUCCCUUCAAGACAAUGGUGCACAAGACGAGUCAUCUAUUGAUAUCCCUCAUAGCCCUCAAACCCCGCUACCACCAGUAGCAAAGCUAAUCACUACAGAGCCCUCUCCACUUCUAGCUAUCCAUCUGGUAGACAUCAUAUAUUCAUACUGCUUCACAUUGCGGCUCUACAAUGGAGACUGGAACUCCGAUGCCAUGGGAUCAGUGACAGUCUUGUUGAGCGUCUCUCAAGUUUUAGGCCAAGCCUCUCAGUCAGAAAAUGUGAUGGAAUCUCUGUCUUACUGCUUGGAGCAAGCUUGCUCUCCCGAGUACAGGCACAUGGGGGGUUCCCGAUUCGGACUGUCCAUCAUUGACGACGUGAUCACGCUGCUCUCGCUUGGUCGUGGUGCUCUAAUAUGCAUGCUUGCCGACCUGGAGAGGUUGGUUCGAGCCGGGGUGAAGGAGCUGAAAGCAGAGAGACGUCGGAAUUCGAGCUCAGAGAUCAGGAGCAAGCUGAAGCCCGCAGAGAGGAAAGUCUACUUUAUCAUGUGUUGGGUGAAUGAACAGGCUGAUGAAGCUUGGUCUUCUCUAGCUACCAUUGUUGGAACAGAGCAAGCCUCUGUCUUGGAUUGUUGCAACGGUGGUCAUAAGCUUGUGAAGAAAUCCAAGGACAAAACUGGAGGGAAGGCUUUCAUUGAAGAGAUUGUAUAGAUGCACCUUUGUUCUUGUUGUAGCCCUCUUGCAUUUUGGAUUAUGAAAUUCUGUUGAUAUACCUGUGCUCAAUCGGAGAUUGUUGUAUCACCUUAAACGGCGUCGUUAAGCAUUCGAUCCAGGAAAGUGGCGAUAUUGUAAUUAUGUCCAACUUCCGUGGGCUAGUAAGAGAUUUUCCGUCUCUUUUGUAAAACCAAUUCAGAGCAUGAAGAAGGAACGCGAAUUGUCUUCUUCAGACCACAUCCAUAAACCCGCCCGCCCCUCAUUUCUCCCCUGCGGAAGAUUCCAGUAGAAAGUAGCGGGAGAAUUGGAAUCGGCGAAGCAACUGUAGCAAGAAAGGGAAGAAGCAGACUCAUCACCUGCUUCUUGAGGUCAGUUUGGAUUGGAUAUAGAGAAAGAUAAGAGCGAUAAUGGUCGAUGUAGCCGAUAAAUUGGCGUAUUUCCAAGCGAUCACGGGCCUCGAAGAUCUGGACUUGUGCACGGAGAUUCUUCAGGCUCAUGGAUGGGACCUGGAGCUCGCGAUCUCCUCUUUCACCGGCGGUGAGGCUAGCCACGACGAAACCGCCGGGGCGGCUUCCGCAUCGACUGUAACUGCCACCGACACUGGUACUGUGCCCGCGGGGUCGUCGAAUUCAGCUCCUCCCGAGGCGUUGGAGCGUUCCGAUUCCGAAGUUGGUGCCGUCGCCGCUGCUGCUCCUGGUUUAGCAUGGAAGCUCGUUACCUUGCCUAUAUCCGUGAUUUCUGGGGGACUCGGGUUAGUCUCCGGUGCGGUAGGUCUCGGUUUUUGGGUCGCCGGUGGUAUUUUGUCUUACUCGCUUGGAAUGGUUGGGAUAGGACCGAGUGCAGGUAGGAACGGCGGCGAGUCUUCGUCCCGGUUGGUCUCGGUAUCUGCGUCGGCGAGGGAGGCCAUGGAUUUUGUGGCAGCGUUUGAGAGGGAGUAUGGUGCUGGUGGGCCGAACUUUGUGACGGAGGGUUUCAUGGAUGCUCUCCAGCGGUCCAGGAACUCGUUCAAGCUGCUGUUUGUCUAUUUGCACUCUCCUGAUCACUCUGACAGCCCCGGAUUCUGCGAGAGAACUCUCCGUUCGGAGGUUCUCUCUGAGUUCAUUAACCACAAUUUCGUCGCCUGGGGAGGGAGUAUUAGGGCUAGUGAAGGGUUUAAGAUGAGCAAUAGCUUGAAGGCUUCGAGAUAUCCGUUCUGUGCUGUGGUUAUGCCUGCUACUAAUCAGAGGAUAGCGUUGCUUCAGCAGGCUAGGGAACGCCAGAGGAGAGAAGAAGAAGAACGAGUUGCAAGAGAAGCUGCUGAAGCAGAGAGGAAGCUCAAAGAGGAAGAGGAAGCCCGGGAAAGAGCUGCACAAGAGGCCGCAGAAAGAGAGGCUGCUCGGGCACGAAUGCGGGAAGAGAAAGCCUUAGCACUUGGGGCCGAGCCUGAGAAAGGAGCUGAUGUUACCCAGGUUUUGGUUCGUUUCCCAACUGGAGAACGCAAAGAGAGGAGGUUUCACAGCAGUAAAACCAUCCAGUCCCUUUACGACUAUGUCGAUUCUUUGGGUUGCUUACAAGUGGAAGAUUAUAACCUUGUCUCCAAUUUCCCACGCACUGUUUACGGGGAUGAAAAGCGACCACUGAGCUUAAAAGAAGCAGGAUUGCAUCCACAGGCCAGCCUUUUUGUGGAGCUCAACUAGCGGUUAACAUGAAAUUCUGGUUAGUAGCUUUUGACAGGAUGAAUCCUAUUUCCAGGCCAAGCUACAUAAAAGAAGCAAGCUGCUUCAGUUGUGUUACUUCUACUUGUUCCUAUCUUUAACAGGAGUGGAAAACUUGGUUAGGCAGAGACAGUUCUGUGGGAUAUUUUGAUCAGGAGAAAUAUAUGUUUCAAUUUCUCGUUUUUGUUGUAGCUAAUUUUCUCUUUUUGGUAUUUCUUGGAAGAAAAACAGGUAUUGGUUUUUGACCAAGUAAAUGAUGUAAGGACAUGAGACAUCGAGCCAAAUAAUUGCUUCUUAAUCAACUUUGUAUGCGAUAGGUCGACAGUAGAAUAUUUUAUAUAUGUAUUGUGGUGUAAUCGUUUCAUUUUGAUAAUCAACUAAUCUUUAUACCAAAAAAUUUACAGUUGGAUUGU